AUGGACAGUCGUCGGAGGUCAGACGCAAGCACUCCAAUGGAGAGCGAGUCGCCAGUUUCUGUGGACACACCGGCCACUGAGUCGUCGGUACUGUUCGACAACCUCGACGAGCUUCUUCGAAGAAUCCCUAUUCAAAGUUAUAUUCUGGUCACCGGUGGCCUUGGUUUCAUCGGGAGUCACACUACAUUGGAGCUUCUCAAGGCCAAUUAUAACGUCAUUGUGAUCGACAAUCUCAGCAAUUCCUUUGAAAACGUCUUUGACCGCAUCAGCCUUCUGGCUCAAAAGUUCCACGAUGAAAACGGCAUCCAAAUGCCGACUUUGCGAUUGCAUGCGCACGAUUAUAGAGACACUUCGUCUCUUCGACCUCUACUGGAAGAAUACCAGCUGCCGUCGCGAUGGGGUGCCCCCAAGUCCAAGAUCGCGGGUGUGAUCCACUUCGCGGCGUAUAAGGCUGUGGAGGAGAGCAUCCGUCACCCUUUGAAAUACUAUGCCAACAACGUCAGCGGUCUCAUUGACUUUGCUUCGACUCUCGGAGAGUUUGGCAUCAAAACAUUCAUCUUCUCGUCUUCGGCAACUGUAUAUGGUACCCUGGCAACGUCAGGCCUUCCAUUGAAGGAGGAGCUUUGUGUACAUAAAGAAGAACAGUAUAUCGACGAUGUCGGCGCAGUACAGACCAUCCAGCCCGGCUGCACAGGGAUCACAAACCCAUAUGGUCGCACAAAAUGGAUCUGUGAGACCAUCCUCGCCGAUCUGGCUGCCUCCGAUCCGGAGUGGACCAUCGUCGCGCUUCGAUACUUCAACCCCGUUGGAUGCGAUUCAUCCGGUCUGCUGGGCGAGGACCCAAGGCAGGCACCCACGAACCUGCUCCCUGUUGUCGUCAAGGUGAUGACCGGUCAAUAUUCCGAGCUGCAGAUGUUCGGCAGCGAUUGGGAUACCGUCGAUGGCACCGCAGUGCGGGACUUCAUCCACGUCACCGAUCUGGCUCGCGGUCACAUUGCAGCUCUCAGCACUGCAAAUGAGGGCAAGCUCACUGAAAACUUCCGCACAUUCAACCUGGGUACCGGCUCAGGGAACUCGGUGUUGGAUGUUGUCACCACUAUGGAGGCUGUUUCUGCCAAGUCCAUUCCCAGAAAGGCAGCUGAUCGCCGUGCGGGUGAUGUGGGAUCCUGUGUGGCGGUUGCCGACCGAUCUCGAGAAGAGCUCCAGUGGAAGACACAAAAGUCUUUGAAAAAUGCAUGCGAGGAUAUCUGCAAUUUCCUCGAGGUCAGCGGUCUGUCCUCAUAG